AUGAUUGGAAAAACAUACCAACGACUACAAAUGAAAAACCAUUGGAAUGUGUUGAGAAAAGAUUGGCUUUUGUGGAACAAUCUUUUAAGGGGUGAGACCGGCUUAGGCCGUGACACAUUGACUGGAGCUAUAUCUGCAUCUGAUGAGUGGUGGACCAACAAAUUGGAGAGGUAUCCUGAUGCUGCUAAAUUUCGACGUAUGCCAUUCUACUACGGAGAAUGGGCAUACACUCCUAGUUCAGGGGUUAUGCCUGACGUUGAUGACAAUGAGGAGGAAUUUCAUACCCCACAUGAUGCUGAAUAUGAUGAUGAUGCUUUGGAGGUGAUUCAUCCCUCUAAGUUAAACAAAAAGUGUUCAUCAAACACACCUGCUUCAUCAACCAAGAGCAAGAAGACGAAAUUUACUGGUGCAGCUCUACUUAACAAGACACUUGCUCGCAUAGUCAAUGUGGUUGAGUCAUCUUCAGGAACUUCAACACAGACCUCAUCAAGAUAUCCUUCAACUGCAGAUUGUUUGGCGAUGUUGGAAAACAUCCCUGGUGUGUCCCCGGAUGAUGACCUGUAUGUAUGGGCCGCCUGA